GGCGGCGGUCCUAAAGUCGGUAACGGCGGACAGACUCAGUUUAACUCGUGUAAAGCCGCGGACGGGGGUGAACGGCUCCGGCGCUCGCUGCUCACACCGACGGGAAUAUUUGGCGUUUGGCGCGGAGCUCGAGAGGAGCGCGCGGCCGUUAUUCGCACUCCCGCGAUGGAUCGGAGACUUUUAACGGCUUUUCUCCUCUUCGCCGAUGUUUUCUGGAUCUCCACCGGAGAAUUCCACGAUGAGUGUCUCCUGGAGAAAUCGUACACAGACUGCGGCUUCAGUCAAGGGAAAGACGACGACUUCGACUGGGAGCAAAUCAACAGCAGACAGAAGCCCUCCGCGGACCCCUGGGUGCCCACCGGGUCAGCGUUCCUGAUGGCCAACACCUCAGGCCGUUUCUCAGGUCAGAAAGCUCAGCUGUUUCUGCCUCAGUUUAAGGAGAACGACACACACUGCGUGAUCUUCCAGCUGUUGAGCGCGGGCCGCGAGGGCUCCAGCCCGGGACAGAUGCUCAUAUACGUGAAGGAGAACAGCAGUCCGCUGGGCCAGCCCGUCUGGAACUACAGCGGCCCCGCAAUGCACACCUGGCAGCAGGUGGAGCUCGCCGUCAGCACCUUCUGGCCAAACUUCUACCAGCUGGUGUUUGAGGUGGUGGCGUCAGGUGAUCGGGGUCUGCUGGCCGUCAAAGGAAUCUCUCGCCAGGGUCAUCAGUGCAUGAACACGCCUCAUUUCCUGCACAUCAAAGGUGUGGAGGUGAACGCGCGACAGACGGCCACAUUCCAGUGCACCAUCAACGGCCAGCCCAAAGACCACCUCAACUACAAACUCUGGCUGCAGGGUAUCGGCGGCCGUGAGGCUGUGAUGAAGGACAGUAAGCCGGUAAACUCCAGACGUUACACCGGCAGCUUCGACAUCCUCAACACCACCAAAGCAGAUUCAGGACGCUACCGCUGCAUCGUGCGCUCCGACAGCGGGGUGGGCGUGUCCAGCUACGGGGCGCUCGUGGUCAAACAGCCUCCGAUUCCCAUCGCUCCCCCUCAGCUGACCGCAGUGGGCGCCACCUACCUGUGGAUUCAGCUCAAUGCAAACUCCAUCAACGGUGACGGGCCGAUCAUCGAGAAGGAGGUGGAGUACCGCACUGUCAGCGGCAGCCUGAUCGACCUGCAGCCCGUCGACAAACCCAACCAUAAGAUCGGCCACCUGGACCCCGACACAGAGUACCAGAUCAGCGUCCUGCUCACCAGACCCAAUGAGGGUGGCACCGGGGCCCCGGGACCCCCGCUCAGGGCCAGGACCAAGUGUGCAGACCCGAUGCACGGGCCUCGGCAGCUGACGGUGGUGGACAUUAAGUCAAAGCAGCUGACGGUGCGCUGGGAGCCGUUCGGAUAUAACGUGACGCGCUGCUACAGCUAUAACCUGACGGUGCAGUAUCGCUACAGCAACGGGAAGGAGGAUCGGCGAGAGGAGCAGUGUUUCGACCUGCACAGCCCUGCACCGCAGCACACCAUCAGAAACCUCCCGCCCUUCACCAACGUCAGCAUACGGCUGGUGCUCCGGAACCGAGAGGGCGACAAGGACAGCCCGGAGCUCCAGGUGCUCACCGACGAGGACGUGCCGGGCCCCGUCCCGCAGGACUCCAUUCAGGGCAACACGUAUGAGGAGAAGAUCACACUGAGAUGGAGAGAACCACUGCACACAUACGGCAUCAUCAAACAGUAUGAGAUCUUCUAUAAGGCCAUGAGCUCGUUCGACCCCGAGUUUAAUCUGUCCAAUCAGAGCGGGAAGGUUCUGAAGUCCAGCAACGAGACGUCUCACCUGUUCACGGGUCUGUAUCCCGGAUCCACAUACUCCUUCACCAUCAGAGCCAGCACUGUUAAAGGAUACGGACCACCCGCCAUCAGGCAGUUCACCACCAAGAUCUCCUCUCCUCGUAUGCCGGGUUAUGAGCAGGAAUCUCCACUCAAUCAGACCGACAGCACAGUGACCGUCAUGCUGAAACCAGCACAGAGCCGCGGAGCACCUGUCAGUGUUUAUCAGGUGGUGGUUGAAGAGGAGCGUCCGCGUCGCUCCCAGAGAGCCGCUGAGAUCCUGCGCUGUUACCCGAUUCCUGUCCACUUCCAGAACGUGUCUGCGUUCAACUCUCCGUAUUACUUCAGUGCCGAAUUUCCAGCCGCACGCAUCCAGGCGCCGCUGCCGUUCACUGUAGGAGACAACCGCACGUAUGAGGGAUACUGGAACCUUCCGCUGCUGCCGCACAAGAGCUACAGCAUCUACUAUCAGGCUGUCAGCACUGCCAACGGGGAAACCAAGAUUGAUUGUGUUCGUGUGGCCACUAAAGCUGCCAUUAUUGUGACUCAACUCACCACGCCGUAUGUGCGUAUCGCACCCGCUGCCGGCGACAGCCAACUAACAGGCGCUGCGACCCGUAAACCAGACGCGGUGGAGCCGGAAAAACAGACUGAUCAUACGGUGAAAAUCGCCGGCGUUAUCGCUGGGAUUCUACUCUUCGUCAUCAUCUUCCUCGGCGUGGUACUAGUGAUGAAGAAACGAAGAUCCUAUCACUCCUACACUUACUACCUGAAGCUGGCGAAGAAGCGUAAGGAGACUCUGAGCAGCACACGGCAGGAGAUGACGGUGAUGGUGAACUCCAUGGACAAGAGUUACGCUGAGCAAGGAACCAGCUGUGAUGAGGCUAUAUCAUUCAUGGACACACACAACCUCAACGGCAGACCGGUGUCGUCUCCGUCCUCCUUUACGCUGAAGACUAACACACUGAGCACCGCCGUGCCAAACUCCUAUUACCCAGAUCCCUUCGUGCCGACGGCCAUCCUAGAUGAGAACCACACCAUGACCAGUGAAACCAGCAGUCUGGUCCAGUCCCACACACACUCCUAUAAAAAGCGAGAGGCACUGGAUGUCCCGUAUCAGACGGGUCAGCUCCAUCCGGCCAUCCGGGUGGCAGAUCUGCUGCAGCACAUCACACAGAUGAAGUGUGCGGAGGGAUACGGCUUCAAGGAGGAGUACGAGAGCUUCUUUGAAGGGCAGGCGGCGCCGUGGGACUCGGCUAAAAAAGAUGAAAACCGUAUGAAGAACCGAUACGGAAACAUCAUCGCCUAUGAUCACUCUCGUGUGCGUCUGCAGCCUCUGGAGGGAGAGCAGAGCUCUGAUUACAUUAAUGCUAAUUAUGUUGAUGGUUACCAUCGGCCCAAUCAUUACAUCGCCACUCAAGGGCCGAUGCAGGAGACCAUCUAUGACUACUGGAGGAUGGUGUGGCAGGAGAACACGGCAACCAUCGUCAUGGUGACCAACCUGGUGGAGGUGGGCCGGGUGAAGUGCUGUAAGUACUGGCCGGAUGACACCGAGAUCUACAGAGACAUGAAGGUGACGCUGAUUGAGACGCAGCUGCUUUCUGAAUACGUCAUCCGGACCUUCGCUGUGGAGAAGCGAGGAGCUCAUGAGAUCCGAGAGAUCCGGCAGUUUCACUUCACCGGUUGGCCGGAUCACGGAGUGCCAUAUCACGCCACGGGGCUGCUGGGAUUCGUGCGUCGGGUCAAAGCCAAGAGUCCGGCUAACGCAGGGCCGAUGGUGGUGCACUGCAGUGCUGGCGCGGGUCGUACCGGAUGCUUCAUUGUUAUUGACAUCAUGCUGGACAUGGCGGAGCGGGAAGGAGUGGUGGACAUCUAUAACUGCGUCAGAGAACUGCGCUCACGUAGAGUCAACAUGGUGCAGACGGAGGAGCAGUAUGUGUUUAUCCAUGACGCCAUCUUGGAGGCGUGUCUUUGUGGCGACACCACGAUCCCAGCCAAUCAGCUUCGCUCGGUCUAUUACGACAUGAACCGAUUGGAUCCUCAAACCAACUCCAGCCAAAUUAAAGAGGAGUUCAGAACGUUGAACAUGGUGACGCCGACGCUGCGGGUGGAAGACUGCAGCAUCGCUCUGCUGCCCCGGAACCAUGAGAAGAACCGCUGUAUGGAUGUGCUGCCGCCGGACCGAUGCCUGCCCUUCCUCAUCACCAUUGAUGGAGAGAGCAGCAACUAUAUUAAUGCUGCGCUCAUGGACAGCUACAAGCAGCCGUCUGCCUUCAUCGUUACCCAGCAUCCCCUGCCCAACACUGUGAAGGACUUCUGGAGGCUCGUCCUGGACUACCACUGCACAUCUAUAGUCAUGCUGAACGAUGUGGAUCCAGCACAGUUGUGUCCUCAGUACUGGCCAGAGAACGGUGUUCAUCGUCACGGGCCGAUCCAGGUGGAGUUUGUGUCUGCAGAUCUGGAGGAGGACAUCAUUAGCAGGAUCUUCCGCAUCUAUAACGCGGCGCGGCCGCAGGACGGCUACCGGAUGGUCCAGCAGUUCCAGUUUCUGGGCUGGCCGAUGUACCGCGACACGCCGGUGUCCAAACGCUCCUUCCUCAAGCUCAUCAGACAGGUGGACAAGUGGCAGGAGGAGUAUGAUGGAGGAGAGGGACGCACCGUCGUACACUGCCUUAAUGGCGGCGGGCGCAGCGGGACGUUCUGUGCCAUCAGUAUCGUGUGUGAGAUGUUGCGACACCAGCAUUCAGUCGAUGUGUUUCACGCUGUCAAAACACUGAGAAACAACAAACCCAACAUGGUGGAUCUGCUGGAUCAGUAUAAGUUCUGCUAUGAGGUGGCACUGGAAUACUUGAAUUCUGGGUAAAGUGUGCGAAAGCUGCUGUGUUUUUCUUCAUCAUCAUCUUCUUCUGAACACUGAACACAUCUGAAACUCCUCUCCUGAUUGGACGAGAGCAGUCACAUGACCCUGUCUGUGUGGAAUGCGCCGCCCGCCGUCACGUGGAUGUUCGUUUUCUUCUUCUUCUGCUCAUCAUCGUUUUCUCUGUGGUUGUUUUUAUGAACUCGUACUGUACGCAAGAAAAACUGCUGAGCGUCCCGUUCCCGAGAUCUCCAAAGCUUGUGUUCGUGAUCAUGUCCUGUUUAUACUGUAAAUAGCUGAGCGUUCACCAGAUAAUUUAUUCAUUGACUGACUUCUCUUUGAUUUUGUUUUGUGAAGCACACCGAGUGACAAUCAUGUUUUAAUUGGGUCAUUAUUAUUAUUAUUAUUAUCAUACGGACUCCACAUAUAAUAGUGACCAGAUUGUAUUGUUAUCUUUUUAUUUAUCUGGUAUGAAAAAAACAAAACAAACCUAUAAAUACAUAUCUAUAUCUGCCAAACC